AGAAAGAGAAUAAAAACGCAAACGAAGAAGAAAAAAAAAAAAAAAUCAGAAUUCAGAAAAAGUUUCAACGCUCUGAAAAUUUUAACCCUAGGCUAGUUAGGGUUUCUUCACCCCCGACAACGACGUCGUUCUGUUCGGCUUAUACUCGCUAAUUCUCUUUCAAAGAUUCAAUCUUUUCUCUCUUCGGAGAAUCGAAGCAGCUUCCUAGGACUCCGAAUUUUCUCGUAGCCAUGUACGGACCAAGAGGGGCAAUGUUGGGAAGCGGGGGGGUUUCGGACGGGUACGAGGUCGGCUCAAAGAGACAAAGAAUGAUGGAAUCCAAUCCCUACUUCGCAGUGAGCAGCGGCCCAAGUGGCUUUCAACCUUAUGGCUAUGCUGGUGGCUUUCAGCCCCCUCCUUUUCCAGUAGUUCGUCUCAGGGGGCUUCCCUUCAACUGUACUGAUAUUGACAUUUUCAAGUUUUUUGCUGGACUGGACAUUGUGGAUGUUUUGCUGGUUAACAAGAGCGGACGGUUCUCAGGAGAAGCCUUUGUUGUCUUCGCGGGAUCCAUGCAGGUUGAGUUUGCUUUACAGAGAGAUCGGCAGAGCAUGGGAAGGAGGUAUGUGGAAGUUUUCAGAUGCAAGAGACAGGAUUAUUACAAUGCUGUUGCUGGAGAGGUAAACUAUGAAGGAAUCUAUGAUAAUGAUUACCAUGGAAGCCCUCCUCCGGCCCGAUCAAAGAGGUUCAAUGAUAAGGACCAACUGGAAUACACUGAAAUAUUGAAGAUGCGUGGUCUCCCUUUCUCUGUGAAAAAAACUGAAAUUGUUGAAUUUUUCCGGGAUUUUAAGCUGAUAGAAGAAAGAGUACAUAUUGCAUGUCGCCCAGAUGGGAAAGCUACCGGCGAGGCAUAUGUAGAGUUUGUGACUGUAGAUGAGGCUAAGAGAGCGAUGUGCAAGGACAAGAUGACAAUUGGGUCUAGGUAUGUGGAGCUGUUUCCUUCCACACCAGAUGAAGCAAGACGGGCUGAGUCCAGAUCAAGGCAGUGAUCGUCAGGAACUAUGGCCAGCGGACUUUAAUGCUGACUUGGAUUUAUUUUUGGUGUUCCAAUGAUAUGUGCAUGUUCUUUUCAAUUCCUAGGUGUAUCUUGGUGCUAAAACUUUACAUUUAAGAAAAAAAGGUUAUGCAGAGUGCGUAGAACAUUGAUCGACUUAUCUGGUAUCUUUUUUACUUAUGAAAUCGAAUUUACGUUUAUUGGCAGA